AUGGAAUCUUGUGCAACUGGUGAGGUCCCUAUGUCUAAUGGAGAUAAAUUUACUAAGAAUUCUAAAAAUGGGGGGAAGAGUGGUGACAUGGAAAGCAGACCCUAUGCUAGGCUUAUUGGCAGUUUGAUGUAUGCACAGGUCUGUACAAGACCCGACCUAUCUUUUGCAUUAGGCAUUCUCUCAAGGUUUCAAUUAAACCCUACUGACCAACACUGGGUUGCAGGCAAGAAGAUCCUUAGAUAUUUACAGAAAACUAAGUCUCACAUGCUAGUCUACAAGAAAGUGGAAAAUUUGGAGCUGUUAGGCUACACUGAUUUAGAUUUUGUAGGUAACUAUCCCAACUCUAUGAAGUCCACAUGUGGAUAUGUUUUUAUGCUUGCUGGAGGUGUUGUAGCAUGGAAAACCAUGAAACAAAAAUUAAUUGCCACCUCCACAAUGCAAGCAGAAUACAUAGCUGUAUAUGAGGGAGUCUGUGAAGGCUUAUGGAUCAAGAAUUUUUUGAUGCAAACUAAAGUCCUUAAGUCUAUAGUCUCAGGAGGACUCAAAAUAUUCUGUGAUAAUGAGGCUGCUGUCUUUUUUGCAAAGAACAGCAAGAGAUCGAAUAAUUCUAAGCAUAUUGAUCUCAAGUACUAUAGUGUGAGACAAAGAGUUGAUUUUGGUGACAUAGAAGUUUUGAACAUUGAUACAGAAGCUCAACUUGCAGAUCCAUUCACUAAAGCUUUAACAGUUGCAAGUUUUCAAAAACGCAUCAAGAACUUGGGAAUUUUAUCUCAGUUGGAUGCUUGA